UGAUGACGUAGCGCGACAAAUGCGGAUCCCGAUUGCUGCAGCCGCUUGUCAGUGUGACGAAGAUUGGCACCCAGGUCCUCUCCUGCUGCCUGUCCAUAUAAUGUCCCAGUGUUGGCAGUGGCCACUUUGAAUAUGAUGGCUGCCCAGUCUGUGUCCAUAGACAAAUACCCAGAGGGAGACCAGCAGAUGCAGGUAAUGGAGCAGUCAGAGAAUGACCUUAAAAAGGGCUUUUCCAAUGGAAAUACAGGAAACUCGAGCAGCCCUGUAUCCAAUGAACCACAAACACAAAUGGAUAUCGACAAAGCCUGCAUAUAUAGACAUCCUCUUUUCCCUCUCCUGGCUCUGCUGUUUGAGAAGUGCGAACAGUCCACUCUGGGGUCUGACUGUGUCACGUCUGCCAGUUUCGAUGUUGACAUUGAGAACUUUGUACGCAGUCAAGAAAAAGACGGCAAAGCCUUCUUUAGUGAAGACCCUGACCUCGACAACUUGAUGGUCAAGGCCAUCCAGGUGCUGAGGAUUCAUCUGUUAGAGCUGGAGAAAGUCAGUGACCUGUGCAAGGAUUUCUGCAGCCGUUACAUUUCAUGCCUUAAGGCCAAGAUGAACAGCGAGACACUGCUGAGUGGAGAUCCAGGCAGCCCGUACUCUCCGGUCCAUGAGCAGUUGUCCAACCCUUUCUCAGGUCCCCUCAGUCCUCAGAGCCUUCUGAUGCCCUCGUCUGGUCUUCAACAAGGCAGUGUUACAGUGACCACAGUCAAUCAAUCACAAGUGGCCACAG